AUGAUGGAGGCGGAGGAGGGGGAGGGGGUGCGGAUGAAUGGGGCUGAAAACAGGAGAAAAAGGAGCCGAAGGACCGAGCACCGAGCCGCUCCUCAGGAGACCCGGGGAAAACAAAGGCACAGCGGGGCCUGGGGCUUCACACGCCGACCCCCACCCCCUGAAAGCAGCCUGCUCACAGCCCGGACCGAGCCUCCAUCCCCCCGCCCGAACAGCCGAGCCGAGCCGCGGACACCGAAAACACCCAGGGGACGCGGAGCGGAGCCCGGCAGCGUCCAGGCCGACGAGGAGCGAGUGCGCGCCGGGCAGGGAGGCGUGGGAGCGGGCGGUGGAUCGGACGGACGGACCGGGACCGGGACCGGGGUUCGUCUGCUGCUUUCACCGCCGACUCACAUCAACAAAGGCCCGUACCACGUGACCACCGGAGGCCACUCCCACCGAGAGCGAGACAAUCAGACCCCCCUCCGCGCGCUCCCCCUCCGGUUCCAUUUCCGCCCCAGUGAAACCAGGACGCACGAGCUCCGGGUUCUUCCGGGUUCUGACGUUCCCAUGACAUCACAGCCGUGCUCUGAUUGGCCGGUGGAUUUCUUAACAGAGAUGAUACAGAUAUAUCGGGUGGUGGCGUCUGAACUUGUAGAGGACGGCGUGUUGAGACAUCGCCACCGCCGCUGCCACCGGUUCAUCAGGUCAAAGGGGAUUCUGCGUCUCCAGUUACCUGAUGAACUGACGUCCUCCAGAAACAGGACGAAUACUUCACCUGCCCGGGCGCCGGUUGGCAGCGGUAGGCAGCGGUUUGGCAGUGGUGGCGGCGGCGGCGGUGGUGGCUUUGGACGUGUUGUGCUGUGGAUGCAUUUGCUGCAGGUGCGGCGCUGUGCAGCAGUUGCACCCCUGGGGGAUUUCCGUGUGGAAUGUGAGGAAUUCUGCCAGGGGACCAGUAACCACCUGACGCUGCUGGUGACACGUGACCAUCACUAUGACAACAUGAUGCGGAUGUAUUCCAACUGUUCCGUGGUCCUGGAGAACCUGGAGGUCACCUACUACACCAAGGAGAACCACGACCUGUCCUUCCUCCGGUCCAUUCAAGAAGUGGGCGGUUACGUCCUGAUCGCCAUGAAUGAUGCAGCGACCGUCCCAUUGGUCAACCUGAGGCUGAUCCGAGGCCACGCCCUCUACGAAGGCCAGUACGCUCUGCUGGUGAUGUCCAACUACCACCGCAACAGCAGCUCAGCCAGCCUGGACUACAGCAGCGGACUGAGGAGCCUGCAGCUCAGCAACCUGACAGAGAUUCUGAAAGGGGGGGUAAAGGUGACCCACAAUCCUUUGCUGUGCAACAUCGAGACCAUCCAGUGGUGGGACAUCCUGGACAAAACCACUGUUCCCAGCGUCGUCGUCAAACUGGAGAACUAUCCACGCCAAUGUGAAAGCUGUGAUCGUGGGUGUGUUAACGGCUCCUGUUGGGCUUCAGGACCAGAUCACUGCCAAAAAUUUACUAAACUCCAGUGUGCAGAUCAGUGCAGUCGAAGGUGUCGAGGUCCCAAACCCAUCGACUGCUGUAACGAACACUGUGCAGCCGGAUGCACUGGACCCAAGGCCACCGACUGCCUGGCCUGCAGACUCUUUAACGAUGAUGGAACCUGUAAAGACGCUUGUCCUCCUCCGUUCCACUACGACGUCAACACCCACCAGGUCGUCUCCAACCCCAACGCCAAGUUCACCUUCGGGGCGACCUGCGUCAAAGCCUGCCCACACAACUACGUGGUGACUGACGGCUCGUGUGUCCGGACCUGCAGCAUCGGGAAGUAUGAGGUGAUGGAAAACGGCGUCCAACGCUGCAAAGACUGUGACGGACCGUGUCCUAAAGCCUGCGACGGCGUCGGCGUCGGCGCUCUGGUCAAAACCAUCGCUGUCAACGCCUCCAACAUCGAAUCCUUCAGGAACUGCACCAAGAUCAACGGGGACGUGUCCCUCAUAGAGACCUCCUUCACAGGAGACCGACACUACGGCAUCCCGGCCAUGGAUCCGUCCAAGCUGGAGUACUUCAGGACCCUGAAGGAGAUCACCGGUUUUCUGCUGAUCCAGUAUUGGCCGGAGAACAUGACGUCGCUGUCGGUGUUCGAGAACCUGGAGAUCAUCAGAGGAAGAACAACUCGCAGCGGUCACAGUGUGGUGGUGGUGGGGGCGUCCCACCUGCGCUGGCUGGGUCCUGCGUUCUCUGCAGGAGGUGAGUGCUGGGAAGGUUCUUCUGAAGAACAACGCCCGCUGUGUUUCACCCAACCCGACAAAUGGAGGCGCCUCUUCAAAACCCGCUCAGACCGUCUCCUUAAAGACAACGCUCCGCCCGCACGCUGCCGUGAGUACCGCCCCCUUUGCUUGACCACGCCCACUUGGUUUAUCGGAACAACGUCUACACAGUGA